GGCUGGCGUGAGAAUCCGGGAGGUUUUGGGCGGGUUAGGGCUGCAAGGACGGUAGCUGCUGAGUUGUAGCCCGAAGCGUGGGAGUCGGAGGGGACCGGGGCAGGCCGCUCUCUCGCACUCCUUCCUCCCUCUGUGCCCGCUGCCAUGUUGGCCGCUCUGAGGUUAGCGCUGCGUCCGUGCGCCCGCGCCGCCAUCCCCGCGCUGCGCGCCUAUCAUGGGGACUCCGUGGCCACGCUGGGCACCCAGGCGGACUCGAGCUCUGCCGUCUACCAGGAAAACUACAAACAGAUGAAAGCACUAGUAAAUCAACUCCAUGAGCGAGCACAGAAAAUAAGACUAGGAGGUGGUGAGAAAGCCCGGGCACGUCACGUAUCAAGAGGAAAACUGUUACCUAGAGAAAGAGUCGACUGUCUUCUAGACCCAGGGUCUCCAUUCCUGGAAUUAUCCCAGUUUGCAGGUUAUCAGUUGUAUGGUGAUGAGGAGGUCCCAGCAGGUGGCAUUAUUACAGGCAUUGGGAGAGUGUCAGGAGUAGAAUGCAUGAUUGUUGCCAAUGAUGCCACCGUCAAAGGAGGUACCUACUACCCAGUGACUGUGAAAAAGCAUUUACGAGCACAAGAAAUUGCGAUGCAAAACAGGCUCCCCUGCAUUUACUUGGUUGACUCAGGAGGGGCAAACUUACCUCGACAAGCAGGUGUAUUUCCAGAUCGAGAUCACUUUGGCCGCAUAUUCUAUAAUCAGGCAGUUAUGUCUUCUAAAAGUAUUAUGCAGAUAGCAGUGGUCAUGGGCUUCUGUACAGCAGGAGGAGCUUACUUGCCUGCAAUGGCUGAUGAAAACAUCAUUGUACGCAAGCAAGGUACCAUUUUCUUGGGAGGACCCCCCUUGGUUAAAGCAGCAACUGGAGAAGAGGUGUCAGCUGAGGAUCUUGGAGGUGCUGAUCUUCACUGCAGAAAGUCUGGAGUAAGUGACUACUACGCUUUGGAUGACAAUCAUGCCCUUCACUUAGCUAGGAAGAUUGUGAGGAAUCUAAAUUAUCAGAAGAAAUUGGAUGUUACUGUUGAACCUUCUGAGGACCCUUUAUUUCCUUCUGAUGAAUUGUAUGGAAUAGUUGGUACUAAUCUUAAGAGGAGCUUUGACGUCCGAGAGGUCAUUGCUAGAAUCGUGGAUGGAAGCAGAUUCGAUGAAUUCAAAGCCUUAUAUGGAGACACAUUAGUCACAGGAUUUGCUAGAAUAUUUGGAUACCCAGUUGGUAUUAUUGGAAACAAUGGAGUUCUCUUUUCUGAAUCUGCAAAAAAGGGGGCUCAUUUUAUCCAGUUAUGCUGCCAAAGGAAUAUCCCUCUGCUGUUCCUUCAAAACAUUACAGGAUUUAUGAUUGGUAGAGACUAUGAAGCUGAAGGAAUUGCCAAGGAUGGCGCCAAGUUGGUGACUGCCGUGGCCUGUGCCAAUGUGCCUAAGAUAACUGUCAUCAUUGGGGGAUCAUAUGGGGCUGGAAACUAUGGGAUGUGUGGCAGAGCAUAUAGCCCAAGAUUUCUCUACCUGUGGCCAAAUGCUCGUGUCUCAGUGAUGGGAGGAGAGCAGGCAGCUAACGUGCUGGUGACAGUAGCAAAGGACCAAAGAGCACGGGAAGGGAAACAGUUCUCCAGUGAUGAUGAAGCAGCUUUAAAAGAGCCCAUCAUUAAGAAGUUUGAAGAGGAAGGAAACCCUUACUAUUCCAGUGCAAGGCUGUGGGAUGAUGGGAUUAUUGAUCCAGUGGACACCAGACUGGUGCUGGGUCUCAGUCUUAGCGCAGCCCUCAACGCACCAAUCCAGAAGACUAGCUUUGGCACCUUCAGGAUGUAAUUGGAAUGUAAAGCAUCUUCCGCUGGACAUGUACUAAAAAUUAAUAAUUAGUAGCCUUAAAAUUUUCAACUUUUUCAACAUGUGGCUAUUACAGUAAACUUGUUUUCUUAACACAGUGCAUUGUACUUUUCUACCUUAAAAAAUGUCAGUGAAGAUAUUUAUUUCAUGACCUUCAAUUCCUUGUAAAUUUUCUCAGAGAAACUUUUCUGUGGCUUAGCUUUACCACCCAUAAAAGAGACUAACUUGACAGUUAUCCUUUUAAAACCAUAAGUAGUAUGAAAAGUUCUGUAAUCUGUAAAUUCCAGGCAUUGUUGAGAUUAUUAACAUAAAGUUGUGUUUCCACUGAA